AUGGAGAGAAACAAGAUUGUACUCACAAAGCCAUUUGCAACAAUAGACAAGCAAUCAUCAGAUUCCGAUGAGAUGAGUUAUAAGGUUCCAAAUAUGUUGCAGCAAGUACUAAAUCUCUUUAAGAAUGUGCGGUUAGGAUCUGAUCUCUCACGAUUCAAGCUACCACCUAUCUUCAACAUGCCAAAGUCACAACUUCAAUGGUAUGGUGAAUGUGUAUAUUCCACAUCCACAGGAGUAGACUUGUUAAACAACAUCAACAAUGGGAAAACACCAUUGGAAAGAAUCAUAUCAGUAGUGGCAUGGAGCAUUUCUACUACAAGACCACAGAAUUUUGGAGUUGCUCCUUACAAUCCCAUACUUGGUGAAACUCACCAUGUUUCCAAAGGAAACCUUAACGUCUUAAUUGAACAGGUUUCACACCAUCCUCAAGUAUCUGCAUUUCAUGCUACUGAUCAGAAAGAAAACAUAGAAAUUAUAUUGUGCCACUAUCCGGUUCCGAAGUUUGUCGGUAGUGGAGUAGAAGCUAUCAUACAUGGAAAACGAAAAUUGCGUCUACAUAAUCACGGAGAGACAUACGAAAUGAAUUGUCCUAAUUUCUUAUUCAGGUUUCUUCCAGUUCCUGGAAUUGAUUGGGUUGGCGAUGUCACUAUCCGGUGUCGAGAAACAAGCCUUGCAGUAGAAUUGACCUACAUAAGACAGUCUUUCCUUGGAUUUGGAGGAAAUCGAAGACGGAUAAAAGGGAAGAUCUUUGACUCACUCACAAUGAAUGUUCUUUAUAAAAUUGAUGGCCAUUGGGAUAGCACUGUAACAUUGAAAGAUGCAAGUAAUGCAGAAGUAAGAGUGAUAUAUGAUGCAAAACAAGUUAUAUCAGGGCUCUAUACUCCUUUUGUUAAGGAUCCAGAGAAUGUGUGGCCAACAGAAUCAGCUCUUGUUUGGGGUGAUUUAAGCCAAGCCAUCAUAAGCAAUGAUUGGGAGAAAGCAAGAGAAGCAAAGAAAACUGUGGAGGAAACACAAAGGAUUCUCCAAAGAGAAAGAGAGUCAAAAGGGGAAAGUUGGAUCCCUAAACACUUUAUAGUCUCUCAAAGCAAUGAAGAUGGUUGGGACUGUUCACCAAUCCAAAAGUGGGUCCCAGAUUCCCCUAUCGCCACCCUUUAA